AAUUUGUUAUUUUAAAUGUCAACUUUUGAGAAUCAAUUCGUCGCUGUUUUAUACAAACCUUAUCUUAAGUUUAAUUCCGUAAUUCAGUUCCAUUUGGUUUUCAGGAUGGGCGUGAGAUUAAUUUUGCUUGCCAGUAUUGUGGGCUUAACUUUAUCUGCAACUACUCAGGGUCCAGAAUCAAAUUGUCCUAGAGCAGAUGCAUGCAGAUCUGACGAGUGUUUUCCUCCUGAAUGCAGCUGUUCGGGAGCAGAGCCAGUCCUAGAAGAUAGAGAAGACAGACCACAGAUUGUAUAUUUAACCUAUGACGAUGCAUUUAGUGCUUAUGCAGAGGAAAAUUUUUACAGAUCUCUCUUCAAUGGAACUUUCAAAAAUCCAGACGGAUGCGACAUUAGAGCAACACACUUUUUGACGGCCCAGUAUACAGAUUACACUCUAGUCAACAAAUACUGGAAAAAGGGUCAUGAAAUGGCCUCACAUAGUAUCACGCAUAGAUCAAGCACCGACUACUGGAAAGCUUUGAAUGUGACAGGCUGGAGAAAUGAAAUCGAGGGUUUACGCAAAAUGAUUUCACAAUUUGCUGCUAUUCCCAAAGAGGAGAUUACAGGAUUCAGGGCCCCAUUCCUUCAGCUUGGAGGUGAUGAGAUGUUUACUGCUCUUCAACAAGAUGGUUUUAAAUAUGAUUGCUCUUGGGCAAGCAGAGAUUAUGGUUAUCUCAAGCUAGAUGUUGGACUGUUUCCAUACACCUUGGAUUAUGAAACUGUUCAAGAUUGUCCAGUUGAACCUUGUCCAACCUGUAGCUAUCCUGGACUAUGGGUUCAACCAAUGCUUGAUCUAGAAGAUCGAUGGAUAGGAGCAGAUCCAACCCAUCCUAACAAUGGCAUGCCAUGCAGUAUGCUGGAUGCUUGUAUCAUCAUGGAUGAUGUACCGACCAAAGAUACUGUAAAGGAGAUGUUAAUGACAAAUUUCCUGAGGAACAGAAAUGGAACCAGAGCUCCUAUGGGUUUGUACAUGCAUGCUGGUUGGUUCUAUGGUGAAUAUUCCUGGCAUUAUGAAGGAUACAAGGAUUUUCUACAGGAAAUCACAGAGAACUAUGAUGAUGUUUGGAUUGUCCCCGUGAAUGCUGGUCUUGACUACUUCCAAAAUCAUAACAAUCUCACCAAUACUGAAAUCCUGGCACUAGGAGAUGACAGUCCCUUCAGCUGUUCUAAAUUUUCCCAACCCCCAUACAGCAAUAGUAGAUGUGAUGCUUUAACACCCUGCAGGUAUGAGAACGUGGAUAAUUCUGAUAUCCACAACCAAGAAAGGUAUAUGCAUAUCUGUGGAAGAACAUCAACUAACACUGCACAGAAGUGCCCGCCAACCUACCCCUGGCUCGGAGACCCAUGCGGAGGAAACGAACCCUGCCUUUAACAAACUAUAUUGUGGAAUCCACUUCAGGAUUCUGAAAUACAAUAUUCUUAACUAUUUUGUGUUUUAUUUUGAAUAAAAUCAAACAAGGCUUUC